AUGAAGGUUGGAGUCGUGAAGGGUGGCGACGUGGAGGGCGUGGAGGGCUGCUGUGGCGUGAAGGGUGGCCUCGACAUGAAGGGUGGCGUCGUGCAGGGCUGCCUCGGCGGGAAGGGCGGCGGCGUGAAGCGCGACCACGGCAUGAAGAUCGGCCUCGUCGUGAAAGGCAGCGGUGUGAAAGGCGGCCUCUACGUGCAGGGCUACCUCGUCGUGAAGGACGGCGGCGUGAAGGGCGUGGAGGGCGGCUCGGCAUGA